UGUUAGCUAGUUUACAUCUGAAGACACAAGCAGCAGAUUGUUCACAGGGAAGCGGCGCAGCCAGAGCUAACCGCAAGCUAAUGCUAGCGUCGUAGCUAACGGGCUGUUUGCUGGUGUGCAGCCAGAGAACUCCAGGCUCCUCGGUUCCUCUGCUCGGGGCCUGGUCGCUUCUUCUUCUGCCUCCCGGGACACCGACGCCUUCGGGAUAAUUCAAGGGCCAUGGAUUUCCCAGGCCACUUUGAGCAGCUCUUCCAGCAGCUGAACUACCAGCGUAUCCACGGCCAGCUGUGCGAUUCUGUCAUCGUUGUGGGGAGCCGACACUUUAAAGCCCACCGCUCCGUGCUGGCGGCCUGCAGCACUCACUUCAGAGCCCUGUUCACUGUGGCAGAGGGCGAUUCGAGCAUGAAUAUGAUUCAGCUGGACAGCGAGGUGGUGACGGCUGAAGCUUUUGCUGCUCUGGUGGACAUGAUGUACACGUCCACACUGAUGCUGGGGGAGAGCAACGUCAUGGAUAUCCUCCUCGCUGCCUCACACCUGCACCUCAACAAUGUAGUGAAAGCCUGUAAACACUACCUGACAACACGUACGCUGCCUAUGUCGCCCUCAUCUGACAGACUCACACAUCACCAGCCUCAGCAGGACCAGCAGAGGCGCAGGCAGCAGCAACAGCAGCAGCAGCAGCAACAGCAGCAACAACAGGCAGAUUUAGCAGUGAACCCUAAUCUAGCAGCUAAUGCUAACCUUGCAACAAAUGCUGCAGCAUCAAAGUUGCAGCGCUCCUUCCUGUUGCAGCAGCUCGGUCUCAGCUUGGUGAGCUCUGCUUUGGGUGGGAUAGAGGAGGAUGGGAUGGGAAAUAUAGCUGGCAAUAGAGAGGUGGGACAGAGAGCCUCUUUCCCUAUCCGACGCUUUCACAAACGCAAGCCCUCCACAGCACUGAACCUGUCAGAAGAGAGACCCAGGCAGAGGCAACGCCCCUCAGCCCCUAACCACGGCUUGUUGGGAGAAGAAGGGAUGAGCGCAGAGCGAGAGGAAGGAGCACUCCUGUCCCCGGACUUCCACAAGAUGGGGGACGAAUCAAAAUUAGGUGCUGGCCACGUAGGGGUCUCCCAAGAUGACCCUCAGAUGCCCAGCCAGUCAGACAGUGGACACUGUGGGGGGGAGGACUUGGUGAGAAUGCAGGGAGGAGUGAGCAAGGAGGAGGAUAUGGAUGACCAUGACCAGCAGGACAACAGGUUGGCUGUGAAGAUGAAAUCAGGGACAGAGGAAGAGGAGGCUGAAGAACAGAAGGUGGUGGUUAAACGAGAGCCGCUAAGCUCGCCUGAGCCGACGGAUGAAAUCAGUGACGUGACAUCGCAGGCUGAGGGCAGCGACCCGGCCGAGCCUGGAUGUCCAGAGGAGGAGGAGAAGGUGGAGCUGAGCCCAGAGAGCAGCGACCGCAGCUUUACCUCGGAACCCCAACCCAGCUCUGACUCUCUGCUGCAGCCCAGCUCCCAGCUUCUCAUCAAAAGCCACAUGGGAGGAGGCGCCGGAGGUUUUGGAUCAAAUAGCAAACCCGGUUUCAGUAUUUCCAGCUUCCUUAGCCCAAAGGAUUAUGGAAGUGGUGUUGCAGGGUUGGUUACAGGAGAAGAUGACCUGCCCAACACGACAACUGGGGAUGCAGUAGCACGUCACUUCCUGAUGCGACAGGAAGCUGCUGGACCACCUGGCUCUGCUUCUUCUUGUCUUCUGCAGUCCCCACUCAGUGGUGAGAGUCGCAACAGCUUUGGAGACAACUUGCAGCAUGAUUCUCUAUUCCUCCGUCCCCUGCACAACAGUUUGGGGAACCCCAGAGGAGGCGGAGGAAAUAUGAGUGGAGGGCAUGGAGGGUUUGAGCCCUUUGGUUUGGACUUCCAGCGCUCCAGUCUGGGUCUUCACUCUCUAGGGCAACCCUCACGAGGAGCCGGAGGAGCCGCCACUGUUUCUCUGGGCUAUCCAGGCUACAGGCGUAUAGCCCCAAAAAUGUCGGCCGGUAUAGGAGGAGAAGAAGGUGUAGGCGGUGUUCUCCAGGAUUCGGCCUCUUCCUCCUCAAGUCUGGCAAGUCCCCUGCUUCUCAACGAGAGCGGUGGGUAUGACAUGAACAGUGGCAGGCCCACCUCCCUCCCCCCUCAGCUCACCCGUGCUUCAGCGGACGUCCUGUCUAAGUGCAAGAAAGCUCUGUCGGAGCACAAUGUCCUGGUGGUUGAGGGAGCUCGGAAAUACGCUUGUAAAAUCUGUUGCAAAACCUUCCUAACCCUGACUGACUGCAAGAAACACAUCCGUGUACACACGGGUGAGAAACCCUACGCCUGCCUCAAGUGUGGGAAGCGCUUCAGCCAGUCCUCCCACCUAUACAAGCAUUCCAAGACCACCUGUCUGCGCUGGCAGAACAGCAACAUGUCCAACGGCCUGAUGUAGGAUUGGGAGUCAAAAUAUAAAAGCCCCUAAAAAUUUCAAAUCAAAAAUGUUCUCAAGCUCUGACAGACCAGACUUAAACUAACCAGUCCUGAUCACAGACCAAAGACGGGGAUGAUAAUGUUAUCAUCAUUUUUUUUAUUUCGGAGAAACCAAUAAUAUCAAGUCAGUUAAAGUAUCUGUAAAGACAUUUAAUCUGAUGGAAGAGUGUAAGGAUACAGGACAUGUAUGUAUAUAGUACCGUUGAUGUACAUUGUAAUCUCUCCUAUAUGAUUAACAAAAAAGAAAAUGGACUUAGCAUUAUAUGAUGCAGGCCAGUUCAGGCUGUAAAGCAGCCACACUGUUGGGGGUUUGGUGUUUUUAGAAAAACGUCCUUGUCUGAGUGUUUGUAGAUCAGAGGCAGCUGCAUCACACUGCUGAGUGGUCCCAACUGUCAUAUCAAUGCCUUGUUCUGUUCAAUGACAGUCAUGACUGUGAACUAACUGGUUCAGAGUCUGUAGUGGUGCAAGAUAUAAUUCCUGUAUUUACUAAGAAGGGUCUUCUUUCAUUUACUCAAUCUGUGAAAGGUAGAGUUAGAGACCAGGAUAAGAACAACAACAGAAAACAAUUCAACAUUUGAAAACAGCUGCAUUUUGAACCACCUUAGUUAAUAUUGUUAACAGCUAACCAAAUAUUGUUUGGUAGCUGGCAAAUAAUUCAGUAUGUAACAGGGACUUUACACUUUACGUGACGACAAGAGUAAAUGUCUUACUUUGAUAAAUAUGUUCCUGUGGAUCGUCAGGUCCAAUUUUUGAGGCAAUGGGACCUUUACAUUUUUCUGAUCACAUCUUUCCUCGGUUUACAGCUCAAGCUAUUAACAUUGUCGUCCCUUUUGGUUAAGGAACAAAUCUCAUAAUUGAACUUGCAGCAUCUUUGCAUUAGCAGCAGGAUCAGUUCUGUGGUCACUGGGCAUUCCAGUCUAAUUUGGAGAAAUGCAUAAUAUGAUAUUGUAUCAUAAUGCUACGAUAAUACUGAGAUAAUGACAUCACGGAAGAAUGUACAUGCACCUUAUUUUGUGUCAAGAUUAGCAAAACUGGUUAUUAAUAGUUGUUUAUGUAAACUUUCCGUAUUGGUUCCCGACUGGUAAUGAUCAGAAGAAAAAGACAGCUGUGGCAAAACACAAUUAGUGACUGUCCGUGUGUGUGUGUGUGUG